AUCAUAGCAGAGCGCCAGAAACUGUUUGACGAACGUCGUGAGCAGGAGAAAGAAUUGCGAGCGCUGCAAAGGAAGAAGGCGCUAAUACAAUACGCAGAGGCGAAGAAGGAACAUUACAAACUGCUGCGCAACUUCAUACAAACACAAACCAAGCCUACACUGUUUUUCGUGCCUGCCAAGCAUUCUCUACGUUCUCUCGAGCUCCUCAAGGCAUCCGAAAAAGCCAUUGACGGCCUUAUGGAACUUCGACAAAAGGAGCUGGAACGUGAGCUUGAAAAUGGUGUAGAAGAAGAGCAUGAUCAGGACCACAAUACAUCUGGUACAAACGACGUUGAAGCCAGUGUUUCGAAAGAGAGCGGCUCAGUAAAGCGACGUCGUGACCGCAGUUAUUCGCGUAGUGGUGAUGAAGAUGACAAUGAAAAGAGUCCUGACGCGAGUGCCGAUCCUGAGAAGAGCGCUGACCCUGAGGGGGUUCCCGAGAACAACAACGACGACGAUGUCGCAAUGGGUGAGGAGGAAAGAAUCCAGCCAGAGGAACAAGCAAUGGAUAAGGAAGAGGAGUAA